AUGAAUGUUACAUCCACAGUGCAUGGAGAGCCAUGUGAGCCUGUCCUGCAGCCGCUAUGGCAGUACAUGAAAGCAGGACAGGAGGAGAUCCUUCUAUCUCCAUACCUGCUUGCGUCCUUUGGGUUUCUGACGCACGUCCUCCUUUGCGCACCUUUCCUGGUGCUGGACGCUCUCGGCAGCGUGUGUGAAAGGGUUCAGGGGUGGAGGAUCGCUGCAGGUUCGGGACCACCACCACCUCUCCGCCGAUGGUACGACUGUUUUUGGAGGCUUCUGUUCAAAUAUCUGACCACCAUCCUCCCUGCAACCGCCGUGGUUCAGAUGCUGCGGAGCCCCAACUUGCCUGACCUGGCGCCGUCUUGUUGGCAGCUGUUUGUGGAAGUGUUCGCGUGUUUCCUGCUCUUUGACACGCUCUUCUACAUAUGGCACAUAAUGAUGCACAGGGUUCCCUGGCUGUACAGAAACAUCCACCAGCUGCACCAUCAGCACCAGAUCCCCUUCGCCCUGGCAGCCCAAGAUGCCAGCUCCCCUGAGCUGCUCUCUCAGCUGCUGCUGGCUCUGGGCUGUGCUUCGGUGGUGGGCUGCCACCCCAUGAGUGAAGCCCUCUUCCACCUUCUCAACAGCUGGCUGGCCGUGGAGGACCAUUGCGGCUAUGAUCUUCCCUGGGGUCUGCACAGACUGCUGCCCUGCCUUGGAGGAGCCCCCUACCACCAAGCCCACCAUAGCCUGUACAGUUGGAACUAUGCCCCCUACUUCACCCACUGGGACCGCCUCUUUGGCACAUACUAUGCAACAGUGAUGGAUUCACGUACAGAAAACAUCCACCAGCUGCACCAUCAGCACCAGAUCCCCUUCGCCCUGGCAGCCCAAGAUGCCAGCUCCCCUGAGCUGCUCUCUCAGCUGCUGCUGGCUCUGGGCUGUGCUUGGGUGGUGGGCUGCCACCCCAUGAGUGAAGCCCUCUUCCACCUUCUCAACAGCUGGCUGGCCGUGGAGGACCAUUGCGGCUAUGAUCUUUCCUGGGGUCUGCACAGACUGCUGCCCUGCCUUGGAGGAGCCCCCUACCACCAAGCCCACCAUAGCCUGUACAGUUGGAACUACGCCCCCUACUUCACCCACUGGGACCGCCUCUUUGGCACAUACUAUGCAACAGUGAUGGAUUCACGUACAGAGUGA